AUGAUAAAGAGAAAACUGAAAUUGAACGGCAGAAAAGGCGAGAGGAUGCCGACCGCGGCCGGCGACGACGGCGACUUGAAGGAAGAGGUAAUUGAAUGGGAGAUGAGGCCCGGCGGAAUGUUAGUUCAGAGAAGGAGUGAUAAUUCCGACAUUCCAAUUGCUCAGAAUUUGCGGAUUCGUGUAGCUUAUGAUGCUGCAAGAUAUGACAUCUCCAUUAAUCCUCACGCCACUUUUGGGGAAUUGAAGAAGGUAUUAAGAGAAGAAAUAGGGUUAGAAGCUGGAGAACAAAGAAUAAUAUGGAGGGGAAAAGAAAGAGAGAAUGGAGAAUAUUUAGACAUGUGUGGAGUGAAAGAUAGAUCAAAAGUAAUGCUAAUAGAAGAUCCAGCAAGCGAGGAGAAAAGAUUCAUACAAAUGAGAAAGAAUGCCAAAAUCCAAGCAACAUAUCACUUCAUUAACGACGUUUCCAUCCACAUUGAUAAACUUGCUCAACAGAGCAAGCGUUCGGUCUUUGACUGGGCAAUAAAGAGAUAA